AUGGCACACGAACCCAAGGACAUGGAGGCUGGGAAGCUGACUGAAGCCGCCAUCGUCGAAACGCAGCAAACGGAGAGACAGCACGAUGAAAAGGACGACAUUGACGAUCUGAAAAACGCUGAGCAUGAGCAGAAGAACGUCGGCACUCUGGAACGGAGACUCAAGUCGCGCCAUAUUCAGUUCCUUGCCCUCUCCGGCGCCAUUGGUACAGGUCUUUUCGUCGGCAGUGGUCAAGCACUCAGUCUCGCUGGACCGCUGUCCACAUUCCUGGCCUACAUCAUUACCGGCUUCAACCUCUACGCGGUCAUCAACAGUCUCGGCGAGAUGGCUGCCUACCUGCCCCUUCCGGGUGCGGUGCCUGUCUACGCGGCUCGGUUCGUCGACGAUGCGUUGGGAUUCACGCUCGGUUGGAACUACUGGUACCAGUUCGCCAUCGGCGUGCCUAUUGAAAUCUCGGCUGCCGCCGUGGUGAUAGGAUAUUGGCCCAACGCCGUCUCUAAUGCCGUGUGGAUCACCAUCUUAUUCAUACCCAUGGUCACCGUCAACUGCUUCCCUGUGCGCAUAUACGGCGAGGCGGAAUUCGUCUUUGGCGCUAUCAAACUCACCACGAUCGUGGGCUUGCUCCUGCUCAUGUUCAUCAUCAGCCUGGGUGGCGCGCCAAACCACGACAGGAUCGGAUUUCGCUAUUGGGACGACCCGGGCCCGAUGCUGGAAUACCUCGAGACGGGAGCCCUAGGCCGGUUCCUUGCGUUCUGGAAGGUCUUUAUCAAUGCCACAUUCAGCUACGGGGGCAGCGAAAUGGUGGUGGUGGCCGCUGGGGAGUGCGAGAAUCCUCGUAGAAACGUGCCAAAGGCCGUCCGCCGCGUGUUUUGGCGCAUCGCCAUCUUUUACGUGCUGGCCAUCUUCCUGGUCAGCAUGUGUGUCUCGGCCAAGGACCCGCGGUUGUUGAACGCCAUCAGCAGCUCUGCUCCUGGCGCGGCGGCGAGUCCGUUCGUCAUCGCCAUCACCAAUGGCGGUAUCUCAGCGCUGCCCUCUAUCAUCAACGCCGUCAUCCUGUCCUCAGCAUGGUCGGCGGGGAACUCGUUCUUCUACGCCUCGACCCGCAUCCUCUACGCUACGGCACUGGACGGCCGUGCGCCGGCAUUUCUGCGUUUCGAGAAGUUUGGCGUCCCUUACGGCUGCGUGGCGGCCACAGCCCUGCUAUCCCUCCUGGUCUACUUGAACGUCUCUUCCCGGUCGGCCGACGUCUUCUUCUGGAUCUCGAACCUCUCGGCCGUCAGCACCCUGAUCGUCUGGGCAAGCGGCCUCCGCCACAACGGCAUUUCGCGUGAUACCCUGCCGUAUAAGUCGCCCCUGCAGCCGUUCCUGGCCUAUUUUGCCGUCUGCUUCUGCACCAUCGUGGCCAUCUUCAACGGCUUCGACGCCUUCUUCCCAGGUCGUUUCAGCGCAAAGAGCUUCGUCCCGCCGUACAUCGACAUCCCCAUCUUCGCGUCCCUGUUUCUCGGGUACAAGCUGGUGAAACGGACUCGGUUUGUCCGGCUGAGCGAGAUGGAUCUCUGGAGUGGCAAGGCUGAGGCGGAUCGUUUGGAGGGAACCUGGCCUGAGGUGAAGCCGCGGAAUUUCCUCGAGAGGUUCUGGUUCUGGAUUGCUUAG